UGUCAGGCAUGGAGGAGAGUGUUGCGGUCUCCACUCGGACACGAAAUACAUUAAAAGGCCGCGACUUUACCGGAUUUUCUGCUUUAUUUAAUAUGACGUGAUUCUUUUUUUUUUCUUCGAAGUAAACUUUGCCUUUUUAAUCCAAUCUGGAGGCUUUUUGAAUGGAUUACAUCCUGUUUAUUAAUAAAUGAGCGGUAUUUUUAUUUUUUUUUAACACUUGGUUGAUGUUUUUGGAAGUUUCCUCUGUGUUAUUAUUAUUAUGGCUGGUUGUGAUGUAAAAGCCACCGUGUUGAGCUAGAAAGCUUUAGCAGCAGGUGCUUUUCGGCUUUUUUUUUUUUUUCCUUCCCCCUGAUCUGAUCUGGUGAAUAUGCGGAGUCCGAUAUGCGGCACGUAGCUGACCGGAGCCGCUUCACCGCAACCGGAACUGGAGAUGAAAUCGGUCACCGCCGAAUAAUUAAAUGCCUUCAGGACAAUUAACGGAAAGCUGCGGGUUUAAACCACGCAUCGGUGUUUCAUAAUUCCUCCCAGUAAGCGGUUGGAUAAUCCUUUUUUUUUUGUGGGGGGGAAGAGGAGGAAAAAGAAAGAGAGGAAGAAAGAAAGGGGGGAAAAAGGCAAGCAAGCAAGCAAGCAGCUGACCGAAUUUUAAAAUAAAAACCUGCAACAUUGUGGCAUCUACUAGGCUAUUACGGAUCUGAGAGACGACAGGCAUGAUUUCUCAGGGAAUAAGGCUUGUCUGGAUCUAGGAAACGCAUCAACGCUUCCAUAUAUGAUUCCUCGAGGCUUCUCAGAGCCGUAGAGCCUAAAAGCUGCAUCAUGCUGGCGUGCCUGCCGAGAAGACAGAACCAACCCGUCCAGCACCCGGCGUGUGCUGCCAAGAUCCUGGAUGCUCCCGUCAGCCUGAAAAGUGAUCUGAGCUCAAUGCAGUCUCCACGGUACCCCUCUGCUGCUGAGCUGGACGCCUACGCACAGAAGACGGCAGAUAGUCCGCUGUCCAUCAAGAUCUUCCCAUCCAAUAUCAGGGUCCCACAGCACAAACAAAUUGGCCGGACUGUCAAUGGCUUGGACACAACAGGCCAACGCUUCAGCCCUUAUUCCCAGCCCUAUUCCAGUGGCUACCAGGGCUUGCUGGCCAUUGUCAAAACCCCCACUGUGACCAAAGGCAUAGUAAAGAGCUCUGAUGGCAAGAGGACUAAACUGUCGCCGAUCCAGAUGGCGGUGGCACCUUAUGCACCACCCAGCAGCAACAGUUUGGCUCACAGGCACAGGCAGAGGCCGUACAGCUUGGAGCUUUGCAAACCUCCUGAGGUGCACAAUGUCUCAGUGCCACCCAAUGUCAUGGUACCAGCUUCUGCUACAUCCCUCUCCAGUGGACAAAGAUUGGCUCUGGCUUCCCACUCAGACCAUGCAUCUCUUGGCAUAGUGAGACAAAUGGCUAGGACAUCCCACGCUCAAGGGCUUCAGGCAUCUGUGGAAGAUCAUUCCAGCCCAUCUCAUCAAGCAGCCACAGCCUGCUUGGAUUCCAGCUUCAGCAUGGACAUGGCCAAGACUACAGGCUACAUGGACACUAUGGAAUAUGCGAUAUGGCAGUCCAAGCAGCAGAGACAUCAACAGCAGCAGCAGAAGCAGCACUAUCAACAGGGUCCAUUACACAGGUACAGUGCCAACAGCAGCAGCAGAGCUACCAUUAGUAGAUCUCCAGAUGUAUGCUUGCCCCCAGGUACCACUCAGAUCCCAUACAGGGCUCAUGCCCUCAGCACAGGCACCUGCGUAACAGGUGUCACGCUGGACCGGGUAGGCUCGUCACCUUUGAAUUGUGCUGCCACACAUGGUGACUUUUCUGCUGGCCAAUUCUUCGCACCUGCUUGGAACAGCACGCUUGCUACGCCUGACAGCGACUGUUACAACCCGCAGGAGCUGCCCCCGGGCUCGGUGGGGCUCAGCCACAGCCAUGGCCGGCCUCAGCGCCAAGCCCACUGUGUGCCGCAGCAGUACCCAGGUCUAGGCCUGUGUUGUGGGCUGCCCGGCCGGAGCCUGUGUCAGGCCUCCCUGCUCAGUAGCAGCCUACAGUCUCUGGAGUGCCUGAUCAGUGAGAUCCACCCACCCUGCAUCAAGGAGCGCAUGCUGGGCCGUGGGUACGAAGCCGUUCAGCCCACACACAUCCAGCUGCCUGUGUUCAGAUAGGGGGCAUCAGAUAAGUGAUUCGAGAAGGUUUAAAAGUGGACUGUUGGGACUAGGAGAUGAGGCAUAAAUUUUCUAUCAGCCAUGCCUUUUGUGGAUGUGCGUCUUUGGUAAAGGGCUCAGUGGGUUUCUGCAAAGCUUAAAAGGGUAUCGGUAAUUCUCACUCCCCGCGAAAGAUCAGAGUUGCGGCUUGAAUCACAUUAGCUGGACUGACUUCAUGUACUUCAAGAAGUACUCGUAUUCCACAAUUUUGCAGCAACAGGGAUUUUGUGGCAUCAUAGCAUUACUUCUGAUCUGAAUGGAACCGUUUCAGAUUAGCUGCCAAAUUCUCACCAGGAAGCAAACUGCCCACGAUUGCAGGACAUUGACACUUCAGGUCUGUUUACUCCAAAACUCUAACUAAACUGAUGAUGUAUGUUUAGUGAACUCUUGUUGGCAGAAAUUUGUAUAGCCCUGCUAGUACUAAAUCAUAAUAGUUAUGAUUUUUCCAAUUGCACUGUUAUUAAAAAAAAAAAUAUUAAAAUGACUCUGGCAUGGGUUGGUUCUGAGAACAUUUCGUUUAAAAAGAAAACUUGAAUUUUUUUCUGUAUUACGUUUGUGUCUAUCAGUAGACAGGUAUAUUUAUAAGAUUCUUUAUUCUAAUUGUUUCACCUCUGUAUGUGACCAAUGAUUAUUAUUAUUUUUUGUUGUUAUAAUGGUUUUAUCCAAAAAUUUCACCUGUUUCUGGCAAGUUGAUCUAGUUGAUCUUUGUCUACUGUAGCCAGUCCAGUGUUUUUUUCCAUCUUUCCUUUUUUAAAUGGCAGUUAUGAAUCUGAGAAACAGACUGGGAAGUAUACACUACUGAACUGGCUCCAUCAGCGACCAGAUGUGAAGCCACACCCGUUACUGUGACCAAGUCUUAAGAGUUUCGACUGGAUUUCAGCAUCAGUGUUCAACAUAUUUUAUUCAUUAUUUAUUGACAUAUUUGAUUUUCUGUACUAUGUUCGAAGAUGCUACCAGGGUAUCUGAAUUUCUGAUAAAAAAUAAAUAAGGGAGGGGGGGGAAAAAAACAAAAACGAAACAUUUGCCACUUGAUUUUGUUUUCUUUCAUCCAUCAGAAUGGACGAGCUUGAAGCGGCGUCGGGGUAAAAUGGCACACAGCGGGCUAGAUGUUUUAAAAAGUGCAAUUAUAUUGUUGGCAGAUUAGCCCUUUCCGUAUGUUAUGCUUCACUGACUAUUUACUACUGUAUGUAUGACUGUCUGGAACCCCCUCCACAAUUAAGAUUGUCAAAUAAAAUCUAAUUUAGGGAUGUUUUUAAAA